UGGUUGCCAUAUACAAAGCGUGAAGACAAGACCAAAGUUUCAAUGACCCUUUACACACUUUGGGGAUGAGAAAAUCCGUCCUUAUUUGCAUGAAACAUGCAUGUGCUGCCACUUCUCAAGUGCCAUGGCCUCAAUGGAGCAAAGCCAACAAUUGAAUCCAGAGAGCCAGUCCUUCAUAGGGUUGGAGGGGGAAGGUUCACUUGGGCCCCCGAUAUUAACUUCACAGAUUGGUCAAGUAAAGAGCAUUUCUAUGUAGGCGAUUGGCUCUAUUUUGGGUUUGACAAACAUAUCUACAAUGUCCUUGAGGUAAACAGGACCAGUUACGAGAAUUGCUUCGACAAAGAAUACAUAUACAAUGUUACACGAGGCGGGCGUGAUGUGUUCAACUUGACAGAGGCAAAGACAUACUACUUUCUCGGCGGCCGAGGCUAUUGCUACAAAGGGAUGAAAGUUGCUGUCUUUGUUGAGCAAACCCCACCCGUACUUCACCACAGCCCUGGUUUCAAAUCAUAUCCAUAUUCCAGCACCAACUUUAUCAUCAUUCUCACUAUGCUUGCCACUUGGACAAUCAUUUCUUAUUAG